UUUUUUUGAGCAGAGCGCCAAGCGGCAAAAGCAGCAAAAGCGGCGGCGACGUGAUUUCAAACAGUGAAGUCGACUUGCCGCUGCCGCAUCGCAUCGCACCGCACAUUUACCGCAAUCGGUAAUCGGGAAUCGGUUGGGAAGAGAAUCGAAUCGGAAUUGUAGGCCAGCAUUCGCAAAAACGAAAAAAACCUUUUCGCCGUUUUUUAAAACAACCUACAAAAUUCGAAAUAAAAAGUAAAAAUAUAUAAAUAAAAACGAAAAAAACCGUUUGUGUUUUGCCGUCGCUAAAACCCCCAGUUAAAUGAGUUGAUCAACAUGAACUGCAGCAGCGAAAAGGAAGAAGAAGACGUAUUUUAAAUAACAGCAGAUUAAUAAAAAAAAAACAAAAUACGAAUUAGAAACAACAAGCCAACCAAAUCUAACAACAACAACAAAUAAGACGGAGAGCAUUUCGAGAACAACAAAUAAAUCUCGUGCACACGCACGUGGGCUUGCAUGUGUGCGAGUAUGCAAGUGUGUGUGUGAGUGUGUGUGUGUGUGAGAGCAACUAAAACAGCAUCAACAACAAGCUGAGAAAAAGCAACUGCAGCUACAAACGCACCGACACCAAACGCACACUAACAUCGAUUAUAAAGAUCUGCCGUGGAGCUCCAUACUCCGAUCUAUACCAAGCCGAAGACUUAUAUAUUUAUAUACACAUAUAUAAAUAUAUCCAUAUACAACGCACUUCAGGAAGUCGGUCCACGGCCACAUGAAGACCGAAUCGACAGAAGUCCAUAGCACAGCGCACCCAACUACUGGAAACCUAAAUGCCGCAUCUAGUCCAAUGUAUCGUCAAAAGUCUACAGAUUAAUUGUUGUUCCUAAGCCGCCGCUUGAUGAAUAUUGGCCACGAGAAGCACUCGCCGCACUUUCAUCCGCAUCCGCAACCGCAACCGCAUCCGCAUCCUCGCGCCGCCGCCACUGAAGUUCAUCGUUUGGCCGCCGGCGGCUCGGUUAGUCCGCCACCGCCUCCAUCGACGUCUACGUCGGCAUCGUUGUUGUACCACCUGCCCGCCACUGUAUCCGCCUCCUAUCGCCACGCACUGCAAGGUCAUGAGAGGCAACAGAGCCAGCAUCACCUCCCCUACCAGCACCACCACCGCUAUCAUCAGCACCACCCACAUUUGCCAACCGGUGGAGGGAACGUGCACCUAAGCCGCGAAUCCUCACCCGCUUCAAUGGUGAUGACCCCCAGCCGCCGCAGUUCGCCGCCCCUGCCGCCGCUGCCCUUGACGACGCACCCCAUCCACCAGCACCAGCACUCGCAUCCGCAUUCGCAUUCGCAUCUGCAUCCGCAUCCGCAUCCGCUGCCACUGGCGCUGCCCUUGCGCCAUCCCCUCGCCCUGAAUGCGAACGCGGGCGGUCACCAGUCGCCGUCCCGCUCCUCCGGCAGCAUCCAGCAGACAUCGUCGGCGCAAUCGAUGAGCGUCCACUUCUCGCAGCUGGCCCACGCCCAGCUGCAUUUGCAGAAUCAAUUGCAGCAGAAGCUAACGGCGGCGGCCAGUAGGAAUAAUAGCAACAAUAAUAAUAACAAUAGUAGCAGCACCGGCUCGGGCACUGGAACGGGCAACAGUACGCCCACGCACGAGCCGAGUGCCAUGAAUCCGCUGAGUGAUUUGCAGAACAUGCAACCGUUUGACUUUCGGAAAAUCAGCUCGGCGGCGGCGCUGGGCGCAUUUGGUGGUCCCUUGCCGCUGCCGCAGAGUCCCACGGAGUUCGGACAACACCAUCACCACAGUCAGCAGCAGCAGCAGCAGCAGCAGCACCAGCAUCACCUGCAUCGGAACCAGUUCUUCAAUGCAAUGGCCAUGGCCUAUCACCUGCCGCCGCCACCGCCACCACCGCCGCCCGAUUCCAGAUCCCCACCAUCGCCGCCCUCAGUUGUGGGCCCGUAUCAGCAUCAGCAUCAGCACCAGGCGGGUUCCGGGUCGGGCUCCAUAUCAGGAUCGGGUUCGGGCUCCAGUUCGGGCGCCGGAUCCGUGGAGGAGUCCUCCGGCAAGCAGCAGCGGAGCAGCGAUAAGGGAUCCGCAUCGGGAUCAUGCUCCAGUUCGCAGCGCAUGACCCGCCUGGCCUUGUCCUCCAAUAUGCGGGCGAGUCGAAAGACGCCGCAUUCACCGGGCGGAGGAGGAGGUGGUGGUGGUGGCGGUGGCAAUGGAGGAUCCGUUGGCGGCGGCGGUGGCAAGCGGCAAUGGGGCUCGAUGCCCGCAAAUUUGGGCACCCAGUUCAUCAAUCCGGUGACGGGCAAAAAGCGAGUGCAGUGCAAUGUCUGUCUGAAGACCUUCUGCGACAAGGGUGCUCUAAAGAUUCACUUCUCGGCGGUGCAUCUCAGGGAGAUGCACAAGUGCACGGUGGACGGUUGCAGCAUGAUGUUCAGCUCGAGGCGAUCGCGGAAUCGCCAUAGCGCCAAUCCGAAUCCCAAGCUCCACUCGCCGCAUCUGCGACGCAAAAUCUCGCCGCACGAUGGACGCAGUGCGCAACCGCAUCCGCUAUUGCUCCAGGCGCCCAAUGGUCUCAUGGCGGGUCUGGCACCCUUCGGCAGCUUCCCGCUGCUGACGCCGCCACCAGAUAUGCGGCAUCAUGCGCUGGGCGGCUCGGGUGCGGCAGCAGGAGCUGGAGUCGGCGCCCUGGAGUUGAAGCACGGACAGGAUUAUCUGCAGAGAUCCUACUUGGAUGCCGGACGCUUCGAGGGUCAACGACGUAAGCUGGCGCUGGAGAACGAGCACACUGAGGAUGAGGACGACGACGAGAUAUUGGAGGUUGGCAUCCACAUGGCCGGCGACGACGAGGACGACGAGGCUGACGGCGACGAGGACGAAGAUGACGAUGAUCCCGAUGGCAUCGUUGUGGUUGGCGACGAGAUCGAUAGCAUGCCGCUGGACCACGAACACGAUAAUGAGAAUGAGAACGACGAGAGCGACGAGCGCUCCACAUCGGCGGUGUCCAGCCUGAGUCAAACCAAAGAGCAAUCCAGUCCGGGCAAGGUUGUCCAGUCCGGCCUUGAGGAGUGCCACACAUAUGCCCACGCCCACGCCCACGCCCACGCCCACAGCCACGCCCACGCCCAUACCCACGCCCACGGUCUCCCGCACGGCCACGCCCACUCGCUUGGGCACGCCCACGCCCUCGCCCAAAUGGCGGCCAAUAAACGGAAACGCAAGAGCCAGAAUCCAGUCCGAUGUCCUGUGCAAUCGGAUGAGAAUUCGGGCGAGAAUUCAAUCGACUACGAUGUGGCCGCCGAUCUGUCCAUUAAGAAGGUGCGUCUGCCCGCGCAGGCCGCCGCAUCCGCCAAAGAAUCGGAGGUGGGCGAGUCCACCAAGUCGAUACCAUCGCCACCCCUCACGCCCUACGGUGAUCUCAGGCCGGUGGGUCUCUGCAUUAAGACGGAACAGGAUCAGGAUGAGGAUCAGGAGCAUGAUCAGGAUCAGGAACUGGAGCAGGAGCCGGGUCAGCCACGGAAGCGGGCGCAGGAGCAGGAACCUGAACCAAAUCCCGAAGUGUCGGCAUCCAAACCGGAAAUGAAACUGGAGGAGCAAGAAACGAGGCCAGCUGACAAGGAGGAGGACAACGAGGAAGAGGAUCAGGAACAGGAACAGGAGUCGAGGCCGGUGGACACCACACUGGAUCUAUCACGGGCAGCGGCCGCCAUCAAACUGGAGCCGCUGGACGAGAUCAACUACGAGGCGGAUGAGAACCGCUAUGUGCGCAUCAAGCAGGAGCUGAUGGGCGGCGAUGAGUCCCUGGCGGAGGAGUCCGGCGACAAGACUGCCAAUCACAAUAAUAAUAAUAACAAUAAUAAUAAUAUUACCAAUAGUGUGCGCCGUGAAAGUGGCAACGGAUUGAGUGCUAGUGAGCUCGAGGAGCGCGAACCGGAGCCGGAAACUGAAACAGAGCCCGAACCGGAAGCCGAACCGGAGCCGGAACCGGAAACGGAGGUGGAGGUGGAGGCGGAGGCGGAAGUGCCCGAGGUGCCCAUCGAUAAGGAGAACCCCCUAAAGUGCACCGCCUGCGGUGAGAUAUUCCAAAACCACUUUCAUCUCAAGACGCACCACCAGAGCGUCCACCUCAAGCUGCACCACAAGUGCAAUAUAGAUGGCUGCAAUGCCGCGUUUCCCUCGAAACGCAGCCGCGAUCGUCACAGCUCGAAUCUCAAUUUGCAUCGCAAGCUGCUGUCGACCAGCGACGAUCAUGGACUACUCCAUGCACCCGUGAUGCCCGCAACGGAUCCGCUCCUGGAGCUAAUGAGUCUCAAUUUGAAUAAUAACAAGAGCGGCUUCCAUCACUCGGCGAUGGUGGGCUCAGCGGCAGGCGGCGGCGGCGGUGGUGCUGGUGGUGCUGGUGGUGCUGGUGGUGGUGUUGUGAAUCCAGCGGCGGUGGGCAGCAUUCAGGCGGAGAUCCUGGCGCGCAUUUGCGCCGGUGCCCAUGCACAUGGACUGAAUGUGCCGCUCUGCUUUGAGGCACUGCAGCAUCGUUUCGCCGUUGGACAUGGCCACGCUGGUUAUCCGCUGAUCGCCGGCGAUGGCUCCCCACCCAGUCCCCGCCUAUUUCUGAGCCACGGCAGCGGCGCGAGUCCGCUCCUCUUUGCCGGACUGCCGCGCAUGCCGAGAUUCCCCCAACUGACGCCGCACAUGCUGGCCGCCAGUGCUGGCAAUACCGCCGCCGUCGCCGGAAUGGGCGGCCUCAGUCCCUUCUGUCGACGCACCUCCUCCGACUCAAAUUCACAGCACUCGAUAACGCCACCGCCGAAGAGAUCCCGAUCGCAGUCCAGGUCACCGGAUCACUGUGCCCAUCCGGCGCAUGCCGGCGAUACCACGGGCAUCACCGAGGAUUCGGGCCAGCGGCAGAGUCCCGAUCGCAUAUCAUGACCAUGUACCUCGUACUAUGCCAAGGCGUUGGCAUUUUAUCACUAGGAACCGCCCAUGUCAAGCGGCGCACACACUUUGGAAGUCAGAUAUGCAGAUACACGGAUAUGUGUAUCUUGAUCUAUAUAUACACAUAUAUAUAUGGAAAAUGCAUUGCUCAUCGAGGAGCUCACAUCGAGGAUCGAAGAUCGAAGAUCGUCUGCCGCUCAUAAAUACGAAAAUACUUCACUUAGGCUAAUGCUAAAAUAAAAAUAUUUAGAUGGAUC